UUCUUUCUUCCUUUUUUUUUUUUUAUUGUUAUUCUUAUUAUUCCUUUUCAUGGACCCCCGACGGGAAAGAAAAGCACAAUCAAAGGCCAACAUACCAUCUUUGUUUUGUUACGCUCUUAGUGCUCAAAAUCUCCGAUCGCCAAACCAAUGGCGGUCGAGAGGCCCAGACAUUCCAAACCCGUCUCGAUCAGCCCGGAUCGGAAUUCAGGAACAAAGGUGUGGCUUUUUUCUUUGCUGUUGACGCUCCAGUACGGUGCUCAACCUCUCAUAUCUAAACGCUUCACCAGACGGGAAGUUAUUGUAACUUCAUCUGUUCUGGCUUGUGAGGGGGUAAAGGUGAUUUGUGCUCUGCUGCUCUUGGCUAGAGAUGGAAGUUUGAGAAAGCUAUACAAAGAGUGGACUUUGAUUGGCUCUUUGACUGCAUCCGGGUUGCCGGCAGCCAUAUACGCACUUCAAAACAGCUUGUUGCAAAUCUCAUAUAGAAAUCUUGAUUCGCUCACGUUCUCAAUGCUGAACCAGACAAAACUAUUUUUCACAGCCUUGUUUACUUAUAUCAUAUUAAGGCAAAGACAGUCCAUUCAACAGAUUGGGGCUCUAUUUUUGUUGAUAAUAGCCGCUAUUCUUCUAAGCAUUGGUGAAGGUACCAGUAAAGCAUCAAGCUCUCGUAAUCCUGAUGAAGUUUUGUUCUAUGGAAUUGUCCCUAUCCUAGUGGCUUCCUUGCUCUCUGGCCUGGCCUCUGCUUUGUGUCAGUGGGCAUCCCAGGUUAAGAAACAUACCUCAUACUUGAUGACUGUGGAGAUGUCUAUAAUUGGGAGUCUUUGCAUGCUAGCGAGUGCGUACAAGUCUCCUGAUGGUUUGGCUAUCCAAAGGCAUGGCUUCUUUUAUGGCUGGACUCCUUUGACAUGGAUUCCUGUCAUACUCAAUGCUGUUGGUGGAAUUCUUGUUGGGCUUGUGACAUCGUAUGCUGGUGGUGUUCGAAAGGGAUUUGUUAUUGUUUCUGCCCUUCUGGUGACGGCCCUGCUCCAAUUCAUCUUUGACGGUAAACCGCCCUCUCCAUACUGCCUUGUGGCUUUCCCAUUAGUCGUCACAAGCAUAUCGAUCUACCAAAAAUACCCCUACCAUGUUAAAAAGAAGGCAUUAUGAGUUCAAAGAAAGCUUAGGAAAGGUGGAAAGCAUGGUAUUAUGCUGUACAUUUUCAUUGUGUAGCAAAAAUGAGUGAGCUGGGAGAAAAAAAUGGGUUAUGUUUUUUAUGGAGCUGACUGGUCUCCUCAUUAGGACAAAAGGUAUCAUCAGAGGAUUUAUUCUGGUCUUAAGAUUAUAUCCAGCUUUGGUAAUUUUGUAUAACUAUUAUAUAUAUUUUAAAUCGUGUUUUUUUUUUAAAAAAAAAA